GUUCCCGAGUGGGCAGCACCGGAGCGGCGCUCGCGGCGCGCCAUGGCUGGGCUGCUGGCACUACUUGGCCCGGCGGGAAGAGUGGGCGCCCGGCUACGGCCCCAGGCCCCUUGGCUCCUGGGAGUCGCCACCCCCUGCGCUCCACCGCUCUGGGCCUUGGCCUUGUCCCGCCCGGGACCGGACGCCCGGCUGCUGCACACGGCCCGCAGGGACUGCCUUAGCCGCCAGGAGCCCAGCAGAAUCCCGGAGCCCGGAAGCAGUGCCAGCAGCCCAGAGAAAAAGCUAAGCAGAUCACAGCAGCUGAAGAAGGUUUUCCAAGAAUAUGGGGCUGUGGGUGUGUCGCUGCACAUUGGGAUCUCGCUGGUCUCCUUGGGGAUAUUUUACACAGUUGUUUCCAGUGGCAUAGACAUGUCGGCAAUCCUGCUUAAGCUUGGCUUUAAAGAGUCGCUGGUGCAAUCCAAAAUGGCAGCCGGCACCAGCACAUUCGUGGUGGCCUAUGCCAUCCACAAGCUGUUUGCGCCUGUGAGGAUCAGCGUCACCCUGGUCUCUGUACCCUUCAUCGUUAGAUACUUCCGCAGGGUGGGAUUCUUUAAACCUCCAGCCACCAAGCCGUGAUGAAGCCAGUUUCUUCUGAACUACAGGAUUUGGGUUGGUUUCAGGGUGGGAUUUUUUGGGGCGGGGAGGGGCGCUGGGGCUAAUUGCUGUGUUCCUUGUGGGUUGAUUUUACCUUUGCUAGCAGAAACCAGGUGUUUUAAUUUACUUUUUUUUUUUAAUGCUGUUUCUCAAGGAGCCAUGUAUGUGACUUAAAAUGUCACCAGGGGUUCAAAAUGAGUUGACAGCCAGGAGUGGUGGUACAGGCCAGUAAAGCCAGCCACUGAGGAGGCUGAGGCAGGAGGAUCUCCAAUUCAAACAAUGAAGAGAGGGCUGAGGGCACCGGCAGUAGAGCCCUCACCUGGCACACAAAGGGCCUAAAUUCAAUCCCAGUAAAAAAUGAGACUGCCUACAAAAUGCUCCUUCUAGAUCAUUAGGCUGGAGUCCUGUCUGCAGCGCCCCAC